CUCCGAGUGUCCCCACUCACACGCUCUCUUUCCUUGGAAUCCCUUCCCCUCUCUCCCAGCUCAACUCAACUGAGAGUCGUCGUUAGUCUCGCCCGCCCCCCCCCGCCCCGUUUCGACGGAACUCCUCCGUCGCUCCGCCGGCGGCCGGCGAUGGUGUUCAAGGGCCGCUUCUUCUCGUCGCGGCACAAAUCGUCCGAGUCCUCCAGCCCCGACGGGAGUAACAGCCCCCGCACGCCCACCUCCGCGCCCGCGGCCUCGGCCGCCUCGCCGGCGUCCUCCUCAUCUUCCAGAUCCGACAAGAAGAAGCCCAAAUCCGAGACCCCCAAGAAGCGCGACAAGCUGUUUGGCUCCGCGGCCAUCGCCGUGCCCUCCCCCAAGAGCGCCGCGUCCUCGGCCACGUCCAGCCCCUCCGGCGAUGGGAGGAAGGGCGCCGCGUCGGCGGCGCAUCAGCUUAGGGAUGCGGGCGGCGGUGGGGCGUCCGCGGCGGCUCUGUCGCCGAUCCUCGCGUCCUCGCUGGGGCUGAACCGGAUCAAGACGAGAUCCGGCCCGCUGCCGCAGGAGGGGCAGCGUAUGGCCGCGGCGCUCGGAAGCAGUAACCUCGCGCGGGGGCAGUCACAGGCCGGGACCUCGGCUGCCUCGGGCGGAGGCUUCGGGAAGAAGGGCAUGAGCUCGUGGGCUGAUUCGAGUAGUGGUGGCAGUAGCAGUAACCGGGGGAAGGGGAAGGCGCCCGAGCAGCCGUUGCGCAGUGCAUCAGCGACAGGCUUGGGAGUAGAAGGAAAGAGCUCUGCAAAAGCUAAGCCUAACGCAUUUCGGAACCAUUCUGGAGAUUUGAGGACUCCAACUCACAUACCAGAAACUGUGUGUGCAUAUGAUACCUGUGAAACACCAAAGGAAUCCGAGUCUCCACGUUUUAAGGCCAUUAUGCAGGCUACCAGUGCACCAAGGAAGAGAAACCCUUCGGAUAUAAAAAGUUUCUCACAUGAAUUGAACUCCAAAGGGGUUCGACCAUUCCCGUUCUUAAAACCUCGAGGCCUUUACAACAUGAAGGAGGUGUUAAAAGCUAUUCAGGUGAGAUUUGAGAAGGCAAAGGAAGAGGUAAAUACAGAUUUGGCAGUAUUCGCGGGAGACUUGGUUAGUGUAAUGGAAAAGUACGCAGAUUCUCAUCCUGAGUGGAAAGAAACUUUGGAAGAUUUACUAAUACUUGCACGUAGCUGUUCUGUAAUGACACCUGGGGAACUUUGGCUACAAUGUGAAGGUAUAGUGCAAGAUUUGGAUGACCAACGCCAAGAGCUCCCAAUGGGUGUGCUGAAGAAGCUCUACACUCGGAUGCUCUUUAUCCUUACAAGAUGUACACGACUGCUCCAGUUUCACAAGGAGAGUGGCUUUGCAGAGGAUGACGUUGUUAUGGACCAGCGAGAUAAGAUUAUACAAUCUGCUGAUAGGCAGAUUUUAGCUCAAUCAGGUCCACAUGAUACCACAACCAGAACUAGCAAAACCGAUGCAAGGAAAUCAUUCAGCCAAGAGCAGCAUAAUCUGAAAUGGAGAAGAAGCCAGGAGAUAAAGCCUGUUAAGCUCCUUUUGCCCCUUGACACGGAUAUUAAGAAAGAUAUUGAAUCUCCAACCAGGGAACGGAUGUCUUCCUGGAAACCUUUUCCAUCACCUGUCACAAAGCCCUCAAAAGAAUCUGCCCCUAUUAAAGAGGAAUUGCCUAAGAAAGCAGAUACACUCUCUACGGUUAUUAGCGGUGUUGAAUUAACCAGUCCAGUAGAAUCCAUAUCACAUCAAUCGCUUCCUCCCAAGCAUCAACACAAAACUUCAUGGGGACACUGGUCUGACCAGCCAAAUAUUUCUGAAGAGGGUUCAAUAAUGUGUCGCAUAUGCGAAGAAUAUGUCCCUACACAUUAUGUGGAAAAUCAUUCAGCAAUCUGUGCAAUUGCUGACAGGUGCGACCAAAAAGGUGUAAGCGUUGAUGAACGUUUAGUAAGAGUUGCAGAAACACUUGAAAAGAUGGUCGAGUCUUAUUCGCAGAAAGACCUUCCCAAUGCUGUCGGCAGCCCAGAUGUCGUAAAAGUUUCAAAUCCAAGCAUCAAUGAAGAAUCUGAUGGCCCCUCUCCAAAAUUGUCUGAUUGUUCUAGAAGAGGUUCUGCUGAUAUGCUUGACUAUCUCCAAGAACCUGAUAGCACUAUUUCAUUGGAUGAUAUAAAAAAUCUCCCUUCAAUGACAUGUAAAACUCGUUUUGGGCCGAAAUCUGAUCAUGGAAUGGCUACAUCAUCAGCAGGAAGCAUGACUCCUAGAUCUCCACUAACGACUCCAAGAUCAAAUCAUAUAGACAUGCUUUUAGCUGGUAGAAGUGCGAUUAAUGAAAGUAAUGAUCUUGCACAGAUUGUUGAACUUGCUGACAUUGCACGAUGCAUUGCGAAUACUCCUCUGGAUGAAGAAAGUGCAUUAUCGCAAUUGGUUACAUGCAUAGAAGAUCUGCAAGAAAUUGUUAAUCGUAGGAAGCAUGAGGCCCUUACAGUGCAGACAUUUGGCACACGUAUAGAAAAACUUCACCGGGAAAAGUACCUGCAGCUUUGUGACUCAGUGGACAUGGACAAGGUUGAUUCAUCGAGUACCAUAAUGGAUGAAGAAGAUGAUGUUGUUCGUAGCUUACGAGCAAGUCCUGUUCAUCCAGUCAAGGAUCGUACUUCAAUUGAUGACUUCGAAAUCAUAAAACCUAUAAGCCGCGGAGCAUUUGGACGUGUUUUCUUGGCCAAGAAAAGAACUACAGGAGACCUCUUUGCUAUAAAGGUACUUAGGAAAGCAGAUAUGAUUCGGAAAAAUGCUGUCGAGAGUAUAUUGGCUGAACGUGAUAUAUUAAUCACGGUCAGGAAUCCUUUUGUGGUUCGUUUCUUCUAUUCUUUUACCUCUCGGGAAAAUUUGUAUCUGGUCAUGGAGUACCUAAACGGAGGGGACCUGUAUUCAUUACUGAGGAAUUUAGGGUGCUUGGAUGAAGAUGUUGCUCGUGUGUAUCUGGCAGAAGUUGUGCUAGCUUUGGAAUAUUUGCACUCCAUGCAGAUAGUUCAUAGAGAUCUAAAACCUGAUAACUUGUUGAUAGCUCAUGAUGGGCAUGUAAAGUUGACAGAUUUUGGGUUGUCCAAGGUUGGUCUUAUCAACAGCACAGAUGAUCUAUCUGGACCUGCUGUUAGCGGGGCUUCGUUAUAUGGUGAUGAUGAACCUCAGAUGAAUGAAUUUGAGGAAAUGGAUCACCGGGCACGGAGACAAAAGCGUUCUGCUGUUGGAACCCCUGAUUAUUUAGCACCAGAAAUCCUUUUGGGGACAGGCCAUGGUACUAGUGCAGAUUGGUGGUCUGUAGGUGUAAUUCUGUUUGAGCUACUUGUCGGAAUACCUCCAUUCAAUGCAGAGCACCCCCAGACAAUUUUUGACAAUAUUCUUAAUCGCAAAAUACCUUGGCCACAUGUUCCAGAGGAGAUGAGUUUUGAAGCGAAAGAUCUAAUUGACAAAUUUUUGACAGAAGAUCCUCAUCAGCGGUUAGGAUCAAAUGGUGCAUCUGAGGUCAAACAACAUCCAUUCUUUAAAGAUGUUAGCUGGGAUACUCUUGCUAGGCAGAAGGCUGCCUUUGUUCCCUCCUCAGAUAGUGCAUUUGAUACCAGCUACUUCACCAGCCGUUACUCUUGGAAUCCUUCAGAUGAGAACAUAUAUGAAGCCUAUGAAUUUGAGGAUUCUAGUGAUAAUGGAAGCCUUAGUGGCAGCAGUAGUUGUGUGAGCAAUCACCAAGAUGACAUGGGGGAUGAGCGUGGCGGUGGCCUCACUGAGUUUGAAUCUGGCCCAAAUGUCAAUUACUCAUUCAGCAACUUCUCAUUUAAGAAUCUAUCACAACUUGCCUCCAUCAACUAUGAUUUGCUCACCAAAGGAUUGAAGGAUGAGCCACCAAUGAAAUCUGAAACGUAGCAGUCGGUUAUACUGGGGUUAAUUCGUUUGAGUAACCAAACAGUUUACAAGGUGCUCGCAUGGUGUAGAUCUUGUAAAUAUGAAAGUGGGAUAUGGGCUCUUAUUGAGGCUGUUCUUACCAUCUCACCUGGCCGAGUACAGUUUUGUGGUUACCUUGUUUUGAAACGAUUGUCGUGUCAUCGUCAGUGAAACUUCCUUGACCAUAAGUUGGCAUGAGUCACCUAGGAGCCUGUUUUCUUUUUUCCUUUUUUUCUUGUGUCCCAUCAUCGGCCUUGGGUGCCAAGAUUGGUCAAGGUUUACUGUAUUCAAAACACAACCUGUGGAGGUUUAGAUGGUCUGAAAAAAUUGUCAUAAUUAUGGCAUUAUCAUUGGGGAUGAACUACAUUAAGCUGGCAAAUUUUCGUGUACUCCGGACCGUUCGCAGCAACAUUCACUGGGUAUAAAUCUGGUCAAAUGUCAAUGCUCUAAACUACAUCAGGAUAUUAUGUUUUGUUAAUUGCUUCAUGCAUCUACUAUGUUGUUACCAGAA